AUGAGCAGUUCCGAGUCGUCCUUUGCGCCCGACGAAAUUUCCGAGUCCGACUCCGAGUUCAGUAUCGAUGGACAGCCACAGCAGCCGCGUAGUCGGCGCUCUUCUUCACGAAUCGAGGUGGUGGAUAUCUCAUCGGAGGACGAUAAUAAAGAUGGCAUUCUGUCCGAUCAAGACCUAGACUCCGACUUGGAGCCAUACCCAGAUACGGACGCCCGUGACAACCAAAUCGAAACACUUAACCAUCACAUUGAGCGUGUAUCGCCGAAGAUUCUCGAGAGCUAUGCCUCACUCGUGACGGAAAUCGAAAAUGAUAUCUUUUUUUCGACGGUUAGAGAGGAUGAGGAGAUUCACAACGUCCACCAACAUGGAGCGGUAAUCUGGACUGCGACGGAGAAGGAAAUUCUAUACAAUGUGCUCGAUAGGAAAGGCAAGAAUGGCAUUAAAGACAUUGCCGCGGCGAUUGGGACCAAGUCAGAACUAGAAGUGAUGGAUUAUCUACGACUGCUUCGUCGCGGUCUCGAGAGCCAGCAUCUCGUCGAGCGACAUGUCAAGACCAUCAUCAUGGGAGACGUCCCCGCCGCCGCCGAGGUCAGCGAGAAAUGCUGCGCCGAGCUAGACGAGUAUGCUCGUGGUCUCAGGGCAAAAGACGACUUCGACGCUGUGCUAGCUGCGCGGAUACGAUUUGGUGAUAAUUGGCUUGUCACUAGUACCCAGGCGAAACAACUGCUCGCAGCUGAAAUGGAUGUCCCCAUGCGAGGCGACAUGCACCUUCCUGCCAACCUGCUCAACAUCCCAACGUGGAUUGACCUUGAACAGCGGUUCUUUAUGAACUUUGGUGGUUCACAAGAAGAAGAUAAUUGGGUGAACAUCGCCCAGGCGAAACACGAAUACCCGUCUAUCAGCGGCGACGCGCUUAUGGACUUUUAUGCUUUGACGGUCAGCAUUACACGUCGGUUGAUACAGUCGACUCAAUUCGUGGCAAUGAGCCGGAUACGCAGUCAGCGCCUAUACGGCCGUGAACCAGCCAAUGCAGUUCGCAGGAAAGACGUCAAGGCCGCUAUCAACAUUCUAAACAUGAAACCGAAACGAACAAAUUUCCUGCUCAACCUCGCCCGCCGAAACGAAUUAGUUAUCAAGGACGAGCACAAAAGAAAGGGCUGGAAGGCUCCAACAAUGGACUACGACGAGGCGGAGAAGAUUCUCAACGGAGAAAGCGAUUACUUCCAACGCGUCAGAGAUGCAACCCGCGCUACAGCCGCAGACGCCGAAAAUAUAGAUGAAGUCGGAAAAGAAGAUGAAGUCGACAGCGAUAAUUCCGACGGAGAAAACUCAUACCAACCUUCCCGAAUGACAUCCCGACAACCAACCGAACUCUCCUCCCCAAACGCAUCCUCAGACGAAGACGAAGCCUCCCUCGACUCAGAAGAAGAGCACGCCGACAUCCUCGACCGAGAACACAGUCGCCGCGAAGAACUCGCUCUCUGGCACGUUCUCGAAAAGCCCGCACCCCCUCGCCUCCAAACACCCAUCACAACAGAAGAAGACGAUAAAGAUGCCUCGCGCAGACCCACCGCCGACCGCAAAGCCCCCCAGGACAUGGUCGAAUGGCGCGAUCGCACCCUCUACCGCGGUGAAUGGGAGGAAUACGGUUAUGAGGUCGGUGAUGUGGAGGAGGCUCUGGUUGAGAAUCGGCGGAAAAGACGCCGUGUUGAUGAGCCUCUUUCUGCGUCUGUAGUUAAUAGUGAAGAAGAAGAUGAGCAGCAACAUCAGGAGGAGGGUGGUGAGAUGCCGCAGCUUGGAGCUGAGGAACACACUCGCGUUGAGCCUCCGAAAUAUGGUUCAGCCGGUUGGGAUGCAUUUUUGCAUUCGUUUUUGACGCCGGCUCAGCCCCCGCCUGCUGAGAAGCCUACCAAGAGUGAGAGCAAGAGUAAGAAGAAGAGCAAGAGUCGUCGGCGAUAA